AUGGACACCAAGAUUAAGAUAGAUCUAGACAAGGAGAUGUAUCCCGGGGGGUCUGAAGUAAGAGGAGCCGUUGACAUAAAGAUGAGGAGUCCUCUUCGGAUAAGUAAGAUAAAUCUGGUGUUCUCUAAGACAACAAGACUAAAGAUACAGGAGAUUGAGAGAAAGGAAAAUACAGAGAACAACGAAGUCGAGAAGAUAUAUGAUGGAUACAGACAUGAAUUUGAGAUAUACUCAAGUGAUGACCCAUUAGAAGAGGUAUCUAGUGGGCACCAUCGAUUCCCAUUCCGAUUCAUGCUCCGGAGAGAAGACGAAGGAUCUCUUGAAAUAAAAGGAGUCUACUUUGAUAUCCUGUGCAAUAUAAGAAGUAUAUACGACUUAUAUGCAGAGAUUUAUAUCCUUGGAGUUCACAAUCCGGCAUAUACUGUCCGAAGAGAGAUACAAAUAGUAGAUCCCAUCAUGGAGCCCAGGAACUUUAAUACAGCCAUUGAUGUGCUAUCACCCAUCUGCUUUCUAAGUAGGAGAUAUAACAUCCGUCUUGAAGUUGACAAGGAAUUCUAUUACUCGGGAGACUGUCUAGUUACUGAAGCUUCUAUACCAUCUAAGAAGCCCAAGAUUAAGAGAAUGGAGUGCUUUAUAUAUGAAAUUCUCAGCGUUUCUGUGGAAGGAAAAGAGAUUCUUAGGACAAAAUACAUUGGAGGGGGAGAGGCCGAACAUUAUGAUGGUGGAAGAGUCCUUCGGGCAUCCCUGAAGAUACCUUCAACAACACCAUCCACUGUCAUGGGCAGUAACUUCAGCAUAAGAGUUGUUUUGUUCAUAAACCUUGAGCUGUAUAGAGGAACACCUGUCCGAAUCAAGAAAUACAUUCAUGUCAUCAAGAAAAAUAUAAUUCAUCCAGAAAUUGAUUGUAUGGAUGUUCUUGAGGGAGAAAUAUAUCCGGAAAGAAUACUUGUAUUACCAUAG